AUGAGGGCUUACUGGUAUGAUAACUUGCCGGGCGACCAGCGCGAACCCCACGAUUCAGGCCGCGCCGUCUCAGAGGAAACCCUCGCUUCUCUGGGUGUUUUCUACAGACGCUGCCCGACCGUUGAGGAGAUCGACGUGAUCGCAAAAGAGCGCGGCUACAAGAACCGCGACCAGAUCUGCGUUUCGCCUGAUGCCAUGGGCCCCAUAUAUGAGGAGAAAGUGAAAGGUUUCUUCACUGAGCAUCUGCAUGAAGAUGAGGAGAUCCGUUACAUCCUUGAUGGCGAGGGAUUCUUUGAUGUGCGCGGUCAGGAGGAUGAGUGGAUUCGCAUAUUCUUGAAUAAGUCUGAUGUGGUUGUUUUGCCCGCUGGUAUUUACCAUCGCUUUACUACAAAUGAGAAAAAUUAUAUCAAAGCUAUGCGGCUCUUCCAGGAUGAGCCUAAGUGGACACCUCUUAAUCGGGCUCCUGAGCUUGAUGGUAACGCUCACCGCAAGACUUAUCUUGAGACGGUGCUUAAGCCUACUGCUGCUGUCUAA